UGAAGUCCAAUUGCUGAAUCGCUCUCUUUUGCUGGCAGGUGUUGUGACUGAAAGAGUUCAAGAAGCUCAUCGGGAUAAGUCUGCUCCAAUGAUGAUGCUAUUUCCGGAAGGUACAACUACAAAUGGUGACUUUCUACUUCCAUUCAAGACUGGUGCAUUUUUAGCAAGAGUUCCUGUGCUUCCUGUGAUUCUCAGGUAUCCUUACCAGAGAUUCAGUCUUGCCUGGGAUUCAAUAUCUGGGGCACGCCAUGUCCUUUUUCUUCUCUGCCAAUUUGUAAAUCAUAUAGAGGUGACCAGGUUACCUGUCUACUACCCGUCACAGCAAGAGAAGGAUGAUCCAAAACUCUAUGCUGAAAAUGUUCGAAGGUUGAUGGCUGGCGAGGGUAAUUUGAUAAUGUCAGAUAUUGGGCUUGCUGAGAAGCGAAUAUAUCAUGCUGCUCUCAAUGGUUUGUUUUCCCCAUGCUAAUUCGGAUUGGCCGUCUGUAAAUUCAUUGUAUGAUUCUAUUAUUUAUGAAAAAAAGAUUAAAAGUGAUUUAGAAAAUCUGUGCAGAACAAUUGUUUUAAUUGUCAUCAGUUGACAACAUAUUACCUCAAUGUUGAAGUACAGUGGUGGAGCUAAACUAGCGUUUUCAAAGAAGGGCUGCCUCUGAUGUUUCCACAUUUAGCAGUUAAUAGACAUCCAGGAAGUUGAUAUGUUCGUUUAUGAGAUGGCUUUUAGGUAUUGUGAUUGGUGCUACUUGGUCUUCAAUGUUGAGUUUAAUGCUUAGAAACAGAGGCUGCCUUUGUAUUGGCUGAGAUGCGCUCCUUGACAAGGGACUCAGGAGCGACUCAUCACAUUUCUUAUGGUGGGGUCAUAUCCAUUGGAUUUUUGAGCAAGUGUUUGUUCCUGUAAAUUAGUACUGGCGGGUUCGGCAUUUGCAAUUUUGCAUGAAUUUCUAAAUUAUGACCUCUUAAUUACUGCCAUGACUCAAGGUUCUGAGCUUUAAAAGAAAUAUUAGGGUUCAAAUGCUCUGCAGUGCUGUUCGUUCAAUUGAUCUAUCAAAUUUUGUACUACCCUGGACCUACACAAAAGCAACAUUCAUCAUCUCCGUGUUUUUUGAAGGUCCAAAAAUGGA